AUGGUGGUUUGCGAUUUAGCUAUCACCAUUUUUCUCAUACCGUUUAUGAUUGCGUCUGCCGCUUCGCAGCAAUGGGUGUUUGGAGACACAGUGUGCCAGCUCGUUGGCUACCUGAAUGUUGUAUUUGUAUCUGUAAAUAUCUUCACCCUAACUAUUGUGUCAUUCAAUCGUUACUUCAUCAUUCGCUUCCCGUUCCGUUACCAACGUUACUUUGAAAACAAGAGUGGCAGCAUCCCAAUCGCCAUGAUUUGGAUCAGCUGUGUCGUGAUCGCCUUCCCGCCACUCCUUGGAUGGGGCACAUAUGAUUUUUUAAUUGCUAAAGCUACGUGCACGAUUGUGUGCAAUUUGGAAGAAACAGAAGAAGGAUACACGAUGGUGCUUGGCGUACUGACAGGUGCAUUACCGAUUUGCGUUUUUAUCUGGUCUUAUGUAAACAUUGCGUGCGUCGCGUAUCGUCAUUCUAGAAAACCAAUUGUGCUGGGAAGUCUGGGACCAGGGUUACGCUCUGUCAAAAUUACAAACAACCGGGACUUCAAAACAACGCGGACGUUAUUUUUCAUAAUGUUCACAUUUUUGUUAUGCUGGUUGCCGUAUUACGUCAUUUAUAAUGUUCACAGUUUCGGAGGAUACGUCCCACGCACGGUGGACACGGUUGCAACGUGGCUUGCCUUUAGUACGUGUGCGUUGAAUCCGUGCAUUUUCGGAUUCUCGGAUAGAUGCACGAAAAGGGACGCACAACAAGCUCAAUGUGAAGUACGCGGGGACGCACAACAAGCUCAAUGUGAAGUACGCGGGGACACACCACAAGCUCAAUGUGAAGUACACGGGGACACACCACAAGCUCAAUGUGAAGUACACGGGGACACGCAAGCUCAAUGUGAAGUACACGGGGACACACAACAAGCUCGACGUGAAGUAGACGGGGACACACAACAAGCUCAAUGUGAAGUACGCGGGGACACACCACAAGCUCAACGUGAAGUACACGGGGACACGCAAGCUCAAUGUGAAGUACACGGGGACACACAAGUUCAAUGUGAAGUACACAGGGACACCACAAGCUCAAUGUGA